AACGUUGAGUGUGUGAGCGAAGCGCAUACGGUCUAUGAGCGCAUGUUAAAUGAGUGCGAAGGUAAUUUAGGGGUAGACUUGCGUUACUUGAGCUGUUUACAAGCAACAGACUUUAGAAAACUAGUUAGUUGGCUGUUGUAGGAUAACAAUGUAGUUUGACCUGCCGGGAAACAAUGGUAAGAGAAAACGGUUCGCUCACGAUGCUAGUUUGUUCGUGCGGAAACAAAUAGUCGUCGCCUUGCUCGCUAAUUAAGCUAGAAUGGUUCGUUAACGUCAGCUGGGCGAACUAAAGCGAUGUCAAGUCACAAACUCCCACCGGUGCAGCAUUUGCCACAGUGGACUCGAGUCGGGCGACUCGGGGUGUCCGGCUCUCCACGUCGUUUACCGGCGAACCAACUGCGACCGCUGCCUGCCGCCCCGUCGUCAGCGAACAGAGCGGUGAGCGGCGCGGCAGACGCGUCCUCUCACAGCGACGUGGACCGACGCGGCGCGGCAGACGCGUCCUCUCACAGCGACGUGGACCGACGCGGCGCGUCAGCACAGAAGAAUAUCCAGUUCCUCCAGCGGCAACACAAGGACACCCUCCAGAAGCUCCACGAAGAGAUAGAGUAUCUCAGACGGGAGAAUAAAGAGUUGCAGUAUAAGAUGAUAAUGGAGCCUCAAAAGUCAACUAGAAAAGGAAUCACAUACAGUAAGAGAGGCAUUAGACCACCCACUCAGGGAAGUGAAGCUCAUACGGGACUCUACUUGGAGGAGCCGCUGCAGGACACACGAACCCCACAGGAACAAGCACUAAGCAGCAUUGGAGAGGGCAGCGAGAUUUUGGGAUCUGCCAGGCAGGACCAUGGCUCAGAGGUGAAGGGGGGCCUCAUCACCUCAUUACAGCCUCUACGCAUUCACAGCCAUCCCUCCCAUCCACCGCGCCCUCCCACACUACAGGAGUGUGAGGUCAUCAUCCGACAGCUCUACAACGCUAACAGUUUACAGUCUCAGGAAAUUAUUCGUGUGAAGGCCUUGCUGAGAGAUAUCGUUUUGAGCAAGAAAAUAACCCCAGAGAACUACAUUCUGACCAAGGCCUACCUUGUUGAUGGUACCCGCAAAUCUUCAGAAGAAAAGAAAUUUCCGAAACUUGGUCUUCAAACAUUUCCGGAAAAAAUGUCUGGACCCUCUCAGUCUGGGGUGGUCCUCCCAGCCCUCAAACAGAGCCUCAGCUCCACCAUUGCAGAGAGACAGAGGAGGACCCGUGCUGUGCAGAGAGACCGUUUCAAAAGGACGGUGCAGUGACAGGAUAAAAACCUGCUGGGGCUUUUCAUGGUUGUUCUUAAAAGCCUUAUUCACAGUUCUGGAUAUCCAUUUUAAGUAUUUAUGUCAUAUAACGUGUUUUUUAAGAUGUCCAUAAUGGGUACAGAAAUGUACUCAAGAAGGACAGAUAAUAUGAAAAGAUUAAAAAAUGGCCUAUAGACUAAAAAGCUUUUAAUUUUGCACACAAAAAGAAGUUGAAAGAUGGUCUCAAAUCUACCUUUUGUACUGGGAAUGGUACAUUUAUUUAUUUACCUGACAGUGCAUUUUAGGACAUUUGAAACUAUUAAAGUUCAACAUCUCUAACUUAACACUGGCUGCUUAUUUUUAACCAAAGGGAGGUUUAGUUUAGUUUUCACUGCACAUUUGUUGUAAUUCUGCCAAAAUGACGGUGGAAUUGUUAUAUAUUGUAUCACUUUAUAGAACUUAUCACCUGUUAAUUUUAAAACAGCUAAGUGUUCAAAACUUUCAUCAGUGCAAACAACCAAAGUCGAGCCUUUAAAAGCACAUGCAAUUAAUGAAACAGGAGAGACUUACAGGCUUAUUUUUUCAGGCACUUUUUGUAUCGGUUUGGAUUAUAUUGUAUGGAGCAGUGUCCUGCUUUAACUGGUCAGUGCGUUGCCGUUCAUGCACCUGCAGUACAACUUGCAUACAGUACAACUUAUACAAAACUCUAUUAAAUUGU